UGAUUUCUCUCGUCGCCAAGUGAGUUGUUCGUUUCCUCGAAUCGGAGUUUGGAAGCAGAGCAUGAUCAAAGAUUAUUCUGAUCUUGAUCUAAAAUCUCCUUCUCAAUAUGGAAUGAGGCCGCUUAUUGAUUUUGACAAGACUUGCUAUCAAAAGGCUUUCAAUCGUCGCCCAGAAUCAGUUCCUGAUAAUUCUGAUAUUGAUGAUUUCCUAACUAAACUUGAAGAAGCUUGUGGUUGUGAUGUGCCUGAUAGCUUGAAAUCUAGUGUUCUAAAUGUGAUUGAAGAUCACUGCAAGGCUUGUGUUCCUCCUAUUCCUGUCUUCCUGAUGAUCUGAAGAAGCUGUUCUCUACAUUGAUGAAUCAUGUUUAUUCUUAUAAACAAAAGUCACAGGAAUUGGUUGUUAAAGUUUUGAAGGAGUUUGCUGAUUAUGAAAGUUCAAUUGAUCCCCCUGUUCCAUCUACUGAGAUGCCUAGUGCACCGGAAAAUAGUAAUGGUAUUAGUGGAAGUCAUGUACAUCAGGCUAAUGCUGAUAAAGUUAAUGUAGCUGCUUCUUUGACAGAGGAUGAUAUUUUUCCCAUUGGAGCUAAAGUUGUAACUGCACCUGUUUCAGAUGUUCUUGGUCCAUCUUUGAAGCGUGCUCCUGAAGUACUUGUUUCUCAACUGCAUGACACUUCUCAUAAAAGUGUCCAUUGUGGUCAUUCUUUUGUGACAUCCUCUAAGUCUGUUCCUGCGUGUGUUGUUGAUGAUGUCAAAUAUGUUGUGAAGGAAAAUGUGAAGAAAAAUGAUAAUCAUGGUGAAGUCAAUCGGUUUAAUUCUGCUGAUCAAUAUAGUGGAACUCCUAUUAUCAUGCAGACUCUUCCUUUUUCUCAUGAUGAGUCUCCUCUCAUUACUCCUAUUUUGUCAAAGAAGUUGUUUAGUGCUUCGAAGAUGCAUUCUUCAUCUAAGGCUGGAUGUUCUGUUGCUACCCCAUUAAAUAUUUCUUCUCCAGAGGUUACUAUUGUUGGUUCAAGAAGUCUUUCUCAGAAGCUUCGUUUAUUGCGCAAUAAAUCAGAAGAAGUUUAUAAUUCUAAAGUUCAGAAAUCAAUUGUUCAUUUAGAUUCCCCUCGUAAAUCUGAGUUGAACAUUUCUGGUUAUCCAUCUCUGAAACGAAAUAAAUUUGCUGAUUCUUCUACUAAAUCUAGUUUGAAUUUGACCCAGUCUUCUACUGGUGGUAAGCUACCUCUACAUGGUCCUAGGCGGACUGUUUUUCCUAGUCGUGCUAUGGGCGAUGAGUUUGAGAUUGAAAGGGCCAAAUUUAGAGUGAAUAAGUCUCAGAUUCUGAAUUAUAAGGCUAUAUGUAAUUUGGCUAUGUCUCGUCAAAGUGGUGAAGAUGCUAUUCUGUUUGGAGCUGUUCGUUGCACUUUCUGGUCUCUUAGGGAAUCUUUGAAGCCUGGUGGUGUUGUGAAUAAUUUUGUCAUGGCUGCAUUCUGCUAUCAUCUAUAUUCCCAGCCUGGUGGUCAUCCUGAAACAUCUAAAUGCCAUUUUUUUCUUCUCUAAUAUUGGUGAACAACUACUAAAAGAUGUUGAUAUUGCAAGUGAAGAUAUAUUGUCCAGAGCUUUCACUCGUUCCUCUAAGGCUAGGCCCCUUGAUCGUUCUAACCUGUUGAUAUUCCCUUGCUUCUAUGAUGAGCACUGGUUCGUUUUUAUUGUUGAUAUAAAGGAUCAGUCUUUUGUUUUUCUGGAUUCAUAUUAUCGGCUUCAAGAUGAAUACCAGGUUGAUGUGAGGGAUAAAUUGGUAUGGUUUUCUGACUUAUUCAUUUGUUAU